AUGCCAGUCAAGCUAUACGAGUGCUUCCGGCCAGGGGACGUGAUCCUGGCCAAGGUGGUGUCGCUGGGAGACGCGCUCUCCUACGUGCUGUCGACGGCCGAGAACGAGCUGGGCGUGGCGCUGGCGUACAGCGAGGCUGGCCAUCCGAUGGUGCCCGUCAGCUGGACAGAGAUGGCGUGCCCGGCCACGCAGACGCGCGAGCUGCGCAAGGUGGCCAAGAUCCCGCCCGAGGAUGUAGCGUUCCGCGUGGCGCGCUCGGCGGCCGCCGGCGCGACGGUCGGCUGAGGGGGCCGUCCGCUGCCGUCCGCCGCCUCCUCUCAUUCUUCACCCGUUCGCUCGCAUACGCCCGAAUACAA